AUGCGCUGCGUCGGUUUAGUAUUGCUUCUGGCGUUAUUGAUGGUACCGGAGCCAACUCCAGCAUGGAAAGCCGAUAUUGUGAAAUUGUGGGCAGCAGACUUAGGCGAAGACAUAUGGAAAUUAAGCGAGGCGCUUACAAAAUCGUAUCAAAUCCGAGCAAAAUACAAACAAAUGAAUGCUAGCGUAAAGAAAAAAGAUGGUAAACAAAUUUUGGAAUCCUCCCUGCGGUCUGUCAGUACAAUGCUCACGAGGAAAAUCAAUGCCGUGAAGUGCAUCCAUCGGACGGCGGAGCAACUUGCGCGGGAAUUCAAUUACUCAGUCAUAAAUGAACAUUAUAAAUUCGAAUAUUGUUCCGCUAAAUAUUCCGAAUUCUAUAAGGAAGGGGAAACGGAGCCGAUGAAACCCAAGGAGGUUCCAAUGUUUGCAAAGAAUAAAACUCAUUAUAUGAAUGUAACCUUAGAAAGGGAUUCCCAUUUUUACGAUAUAAACGUAAAUACAAAUUUAAGUUGCGUCCACGUACCUACAAAUAUUUAUUUUAAAGAAGUCGAGGCAUUAAGAGCUAUUUUAUGGUCAAAGGAUUUAAACGAUAUUUUUAUAAAGAAUUAUAAAGCCGACCCUUCACUAGCGUGGCAAUACUUUGGAAGUUCAAGCGGAGUGAUGCGCUUUUUUCCUGGUAUGCCGUGGAAUAUGGAGAAAGUGGAUACGUACGAUUGCAGGGUACAGUCGUGGUACAUAGAAGCGGCUACUUGCUCUAAGGACGUCAUAAUACUUUUUGAUGUAUCGGGUUCGAUGACCGGAUUCAAAAAUUACGUGGCACGCAGUACUUUAAAGGCUUUAUUAGAUACGCUUUCUAACAACGACUAUGUUAACGUAUUUACCUUUAAGGACAAAGUAGCAGAAGUAGUUAAAUGUUUUGAAGGUCUCGUUCAAGCAACCCUAGAGAACAAGCAAGCUAUUAUUAAUACUUUAGAGCCGACGAAGGAUAAGAAACACAAAGUGCCUUUAGAACUUAGCGCCAACCUCACAACGGCUUACAGAACUGCUUUUACUACUUUAAAAGAGAAACGGCUACAUUGCGAUGUAUCAAGCACACAGGGCUGCAAUCAGUUAGUUAUGGUCAUUACGGACUAUGUACCUGGAAAUCUAACCGAAGUGUUCGAAGAAUAUAACAGAGAAGUGAUAGAUGGAAAAACUUAUAUACCCGUGAGAGUGUUCACGUACUUGAUCGGAAAGGAGGUCACCAACGUUCGCGAGAUACAGUGGAUGGCCUGCUUGAAUAGAGGUUACUUCGUCCACAUCCACUCGGUGGAGGAAGUGCAGCAGCAAGUACUGAAGUACAUCAACGUGAUAGCACGCCCUAUGAUUUUGGAGGGUAGGGAACCUCCACCAACUUGGACCCAUGCCGCAAUUGAUUACACGAGAACUAUCGAAUGGAACGUAAGCGCAGAUGUAAAAACGCCCGACGAAGACAAGUUGGUGACGUCUGUAGCGAUUCCAGCGUUCGACUAUAAGUACAACGAAGAGCACAACGACGCUUUCCUGCUAGGAGUGGCUGGUACCGAUGUUCCGAUCGAUAACAUAGCGAAGUUGGCACAACCCCACCAGCUCGGUGUCAACGGAUAUUCAUUUAUUGUGAGCAACAACGGAUAUCUGCUGCUUCAUCCACUAUUAAUUACAUCCAUUAACCGAAAUUUACAAACCAACUACAAUAGUGUUGACUUCGUUGAAGUGGAGCAGGUAGACGAUGGCAAGGGUCCACGGGAGCUCGGCGAAGAAAUCAAGUCGCUAAGGGAGCACCUAGUUAAUGGUGAUGAUGGAAACCAAACACAAGUGAAAGUCCUCUUUCACUACGAUAAUAUGAGGAGGAUAGCUCGAGUUAAACACGACUAUUUUUUUAACAAACUUGUGGGAACUCCAUUUUCUAUGGGCAUCUCGUUACCCGGAGGUUACGGUGACACCGAGCUUCUGCUUAAAGACAAUCCUAUUGAAGCAAAACAGGGUUUGGAAGUGACCGGGGUCAACGUAACUAGCUAUUUCAACUUCAGCUACAGGGUUCAUCCUGAUUGGGUGUACUGUAAGUAUCACUAUCUAGAGGGCCACGAGUCAGAGAAUGCUGAGAUAGAAAUGUUCAAGUUCUUAGUUAAUAUUUCAAAGAACGAGCUCAACAUAACGAAGAAACAAUAUCGGGAUGAGUUCGAGAGCACAACGUUUGAUUUUGAUAAACACUGCGGAGACGAAAGGGAGCAACUUGGCAAAGAUGACUACUACUGUAACGAAGAUUUGGUUAAACAGUUGGUUUUUGACGCCAAGUUGACGACACCAUACUUUUUAACGUGGCACGCUAGCGAAGAAGAGAGGAAACUGGCCAACGAGUACAAAGUCAGCGUCCGCUUUAUAGCGACGUCAAGUGGACUUACUCGGUGGCACUAUAUCAACGACGACUCGAAGAAUGAGAAAGUCACAGAGCAAGGGGAGAAAAUCAAAGAUUUUGAUGGCGAAGUGUUUGGUGACCUUUACCCGAGAGCAAUCGAAGAGACUUGGUACAAAGCGGCAGUGCUGCAACACCUUAUCAACAAGGAGUCAUUAGUAGUGGCUACUAAGUUACCCGUAUUGGACAAGACUAUCAUUAACAAACCGCCUGUUGUGGAUGAGAGCGGCGACAUCACUUUCACAGCCAGCAACGCCAUAUUUUAUAAAGACGGCAACUCUGAAACACCGGCGUCAGUAGUUGGCUUCCAGUUCGUUUAUUCUGGCUUCUACAAGAAGUUCUUAGAGAUUACGAGCACUAGGGAUGACUUCUCUUGCAAGGACGAAACGUACGAUUGUUACAUUAUUGAUAGCUCUGGCUACAUAGUUUUAGCAAGAGACAAAUUUGAUGUCGGAAAAUUUUUCGGCGCUGUCCAUCCGCAUAUAAUACAAUCUUUUAUAGAUAAAAAUAUAUAUGAGCACGUAGAAGUAUUUAACUAUCAAGCACUCUGUCCUGUGUCUGUUUUACCUAAUGUUGAAAGCAACGCAUGGAUCUUUAAUACGCCUUUCAACACACUGACCAACUUUGUGCGAUGGGUGAUAGCCGAAUGGGUAAUACUAAUGUUUGAUGUCAUAAAUAGCCAGGAAAAAACGUUGCUAGUGAAGAAGAAGACACUACGAUCCCGCCUAUUUUACAAAACGAUACCGCUGAAACUAAGAACAAGGACGACAACAGCCUAUUUUCAUGUGAUCAUCGCAUCAGUCUGUACAUUCUUAACCAGUCCUACUUCUUGGACUCUAUGGGACCGUCACCGGCGGUGA